UUUGGUUGACGUUUCCCCUCCAGGUCUUAUAGAACUCAAUAACUAAAUUUCCCUGCCAUUUUUUUUAUUUUCGAAUUUUAACUCACGUUUCUUGGAAAUAUACCUCGAAAUCCACAAGAACAAAAUGUCAGACUUUUUUGAUAGUGAAGAAGAAGAGUCUGGAGAAGAAAUUGGAAGCGGUAGUGAAGAGGAUGUCGCUGAAGACGAAGAAAUUGCUCAGCAAGAAGAAACGACCGCCAUUGAUGAUGCCAACGAUAUUAUAAAUGACGAUGACAGUGACGGUGAUGAAGAGGAUGAAGGGGAAGACAACAUACGAACCCGCAAGAGAAAAGAUUUUCACGAUGCAGUGGAUGAGGAGGAUCUUGAUUUAAUCGAAGAGAAUCUUGGAAUUAAUUUGGAUCGAAGAAAAUAUAAGCGUUUGAAAAAACUCAAACCAAUUGACUCUGAUGAGGAAGAAGAUGACAGAGGAUCAGUUGGUGGACACAGUGCUGAUGAACGUGAAGCACUAGCUCAUGAACUCUUUGAAGAUGAUGAAAUUGAGCAACUGUCGAGAGCAAUAUCUACCACACCAGUGGAGCCAACUAAUGAUCAGUAUGCAGUUCUUGAUGACUCAGAAUCUGAUGUUGAAGAUGAUUUUAUUGUGGAUGAUGAUAACCAACCUGUCCAUGAAAGGUCUCGUAAAAAAGGAGGAAGCCGUACUCAAAAUAGGGCAUUGCAAGAAGCGCAAGAUAUAUUUGGUUUGGAUUUUGAUUUUGGUGAUUUUGAGAAAUUUGGUCAAGAAGAAUAUUCAGAUGAGGAUCGUGAUGAGUACGAAGAGGAAUAUAGUGAUGAGGAGGGACAACAGAGGAGACGAGGGAAGAAAAAAACACAAAAGAAAACAAUCUUUGAUGUAUAUGAACCAAGUGAACUUAAAAAGAUUCAUCUCACUGAUCGAGACAAUGAAAUACGUAUUAACGACAUUCCAGAACGUCAUCAGUUACGUGAAGUACCAAUGAAAGCAGCAGAAGAUAAGGAACUGACCGAUGAAGCAGAGUGGAUAUACCGUCAUGCAUUUAUGACAAUGCCAAUCACGAAUCAAGAAAUCCAAGAAGGAGAGAAAUUUAUCCAGACAACACUAACUAAGCCUCCAUCAGCUAUUCCUAAAAUACGUGAAGCUCUUAAUCUCAUGAGAAAUAAGUACUUUGAGGUCCCAUUUAUUGCUGCUUAUCGUAAAGAAUAUGUUGAACCAGAACUGAAUAUUGAAGAUUUAUGGCGUAUUUGGUUAUUUGAUGAAAAGUGGUGUCAAUUGAGUGCCAGAAAAAAUAAUUUGAAGCGACUGUUCGAGCAAAUGCAAACAUAUCAAUACAAUAAAUUACGUGAAAAUCCUGAUAAACCAUUGGAUGAAGAUGAGAGGAUUCUGGAACAAGAUGAUGUUGAAAGACUUGACGCCGUGCAAACAAUGGAGGAAUUACGAGAUAUAUACUCACAUUUCGUCUUACACUAUGGUCAUGAGAUUCCAGUCAUGAGAUUAUCAAGAAAAAAGAAAUCAGUGAAUGACGCCGAUGAAACUGUUGAAGAAGUGGAAAUGAAUGAUAGAUUGAAAAUCCCAAAACGACGUGAUUUCUACACGAUCUGUCGGGAGGCUGGUCUUGGUUUGUUCGCCAAGAAGUUUGGUUUGUCACCCGAGCAGUUUGGUGAAAAUCUUCGGGAUAAUUAUCAACGUUAUGAGACCGAGCAAUAUCCUAUGGAGCCCAGGGAGGCUGCUGAAGAACAUCUCUCCAAUAUGUUCUUAACAACCGAUGCCGUACUUGAAGGUACACGUCACAUGGUUGCCAUGCAAAUUGCACGUGAUCCCCUUGUCAGACAAUGCGUUCGACAAGUCUUCUACGAGCGUGCUAAAAUCAACAUUUCGCCCACAGAGAGAGGGAAAAAGGAGAUUGACCGUGAUCAUGAAUGUUAUUCAUUCAAAUACAUCAAAAAUAAACCUGUUUCUGAUUUACGAGGAGAUAUUUUUCUUCAAAUGCACAAGGCAAAGGAGGAAGGCCUUAUUCAACUUGAUAUUGGCAUUGAUUUAGAUCGUGGAUUCCAUUCUUAUUACGAUGAAGCAAAGCAACUCUAUUAUCGUGAUGAGUUCAGUAACUUGGUGCAGAUGUGGAACGCACAGCGAACCCAAGCUCUUUAUCGGACAUUUUAUCAAGUACUUUAUCCCUUGUUCACCAAGGAACUCGAAGAGAAAUUAUUACAAGAGGCCAAAGAUUUUGUCGUCAAGUGCGCAUGUCGUCGUCUCCGUUCCCUUGUUGAAGUUGCGCCUUAUCAAGCAGAACAACAUAGUGAUGAAGAGUAUGAUAUGUUUACUGGUCCUCGUGGCCUUCGUGUUCUCUCCGUAGCAGUACCUUCUGAUCCUUACCAACCUAUCUUCUUUGUCAUGUUAAAUGGUGGCGGUCAAGUUGGAGAUUUUUUGAAGUUGAGUUUCAUAAUGAAGAAGAGAAAUUCGAAUAGAAGUAAAGAAAAAGAAAAAAAGGAAGAAGAUCUUGAGUCAUUGAAGCAGUUCGUUUUAAAGAAACGACCCCACGUGAUUGUUAUAGCUACCGGAAGUCGAGAUUCAUUGACUGUUUAUGAGGUCGUGAAGAUAUCAAUCAGGGAACUGGAACAAGAGAAUCAAAUAUCUCCAAUUAAUGUUGAAUUAAUUGAUCAUGAAGUCGCCGAAAUUUUUGAGAAAUCCUCAAGAGCCGAGACGGAAUUCCGUGAAUAUCCGAUGAUAUUACGACGUGCUAUUUCCGUUGGUCGACGUAUUCAGGACCCACUUGCUGAAUUUGCUGGACUUUGUGUAGACGAAGACGAAUUAUUAUGUCUGAGACUUCAUCCGAAACAGAAUUUGAUUUCUAAAGAUGUACUUCUGAAACACUUGCGAAUUGUGUUUGUCACUGUUGUCAAUGAAGUCGGAGUGGAUCCAAAUCGGAUUUUGGAUUUCCCUCACACUUCUGGUCUGAUACAGUUUAUCUGUGGAUUGGGACCAAGAAAAAGCUUAGCUUUAAUCAAGAGUCUUCGUAAGGAAGGAACCAAACUCGAAAAUCGUUCUCAACUCGUGACUGUGUGUGGCAUGGGACCUAAUGGAUUUCUCAAUACGGCUGGAUUCGUAAAGAUUGAUACGUCUGCGCUGAAUGACAAUACGGUCAAUUACAUUGAAGUUUUGGAUGGCUCAAGGAUUCAUCCUGAAACUUAUGAAUGGGCGAGGAAAAUGGCGGUCGAUGCUCUCGAAUAUGACGAGACAUCAGAAGAGUCAAAUCCUUCUGCCGCUUUAGAAGAAAUCUUGGAAAGUCCUGAAAGGUUGAGAGAUCUAGAUCUAGACGCCUUCGCCGAGGAGCUGGAACGUCAGGGGUUUGGGAACAAGCGUAUCACUCUUUAUGACAUCCGAGAUGAAUUGUUUGGACGUUACAAAGACCGCAGACCACCUUAUAGGGAAAUGUCCGUUGAUGAUCGUUUCCGAUUGCUAACCGGGGAAACACGAGAAACGUUGUUCUAUGGGAAACUGAUUACGUGCGUUGUAUCUGGGUUUGCAUACCGGAAACCCAACAGAGAGAGACUGGAAAACGUUGACCCCAAAAAGGAUGAAGAAACUGGACUCUGGCAAUGUCCAUUUUGUGGUAAUAAUACGUUUGCAGACCUUGGUGAGGUAUGGACACAUUUUGAUAACGGUAGUUGCCCAGGACAGAUUGUCGGUGCUCGAACGAGACUUGAAAAUGGAAUAAACGGUUUUGUUCCGACUAAAUUGAUUAGUGAUAAGCACAUAAAGUCACCACAAGAGAGAGUAAAGGUUGGUUCAAUGAUUCACUGUCGUGUUACCAAAAUUGAUGCCGAAAGAUUCCAAGUUGAUCUCACAUGUAGAACUUCUGAUUUGGAGGACCGAGAAGGGAAGUACAGUCGUCUCAAAGACACGUACUUUGACCAAGCCAGUGAGGACAAGGACAAGAAAGCUGUCAAAGAUGCAGAAAAGAAAGCAAACAGACCUAGUUACAUAAAAAGAGUGAUUGUUCAUCCUGCGUUUCAAAAUAUCGCUUUCAAAGACGCAGAAAAGAAACUGGCAACAAGUGAGCAAGGAGAGUGUAUCGUCAGACCCAGUAAUAAGGGAUCUGAUCAUCUGACCGUCACGUGGAAGGUAGACGAAGGAAUCUAUCAGCAUAUCGACAUUAAAGAACAAGGAAAGGAAAAUGCUUUUAGUUUGGGCAAAUCUUUAUGGAUCGAAAAUGAGGAGUUUGAAGAUUUGGACGAGAUAAUUGCUCGACACAUUCAGCCAAUGGCAUCCUUUGCACGUGACAUACUUUCCCAUAAAUACUACAAGGACACUGAAGGAGGAAGUAUCAACACGAUGCAGGAGGUUCUGAAAGCAGAGAAAACAAAAAAUCCGAAACGCAUUCCAUAUUUUCUCUCUGCGUCAAAGGAAUUUCCAGGAAAGUUUCUUCUCGGAUAUAUGCCUCGAAACAAACCUCGUACAGAGUAUGUCUCUGUGACUCCUGACGGUUACAGAUAUCGUGGUAGAGUACAUGCUAGUCUUAAUGCUCUUUUCAAAUGGUUCAAAGAACAUUUCAGGGAUCCAGUACCUGAGCCCAGAACAAUGAAAGCAAUGAUGAUUUACAAAAAAUCUUUAUGUUUUAUUUGACAAAAAACGUUUGAUCUUGAAUCAAAAGUGACACGAACACUUACUAAUGUCAUUGUAAACUUUCAGCGUGGCAAAAAUUGAAGAUAUUAGAAUCAUAAAGUCCACUUGUACCUUUUGCCAAACUAAAAUAAACAAAAAGUUAAAGCGCACUGGAUAAGCACCGUCCAACCGUCCCUAGUUAGGGCCAUCGCCGUCGCUGACAAUGGCAAAGCAUGGAAACUAGUUCUCAGUUUUUUCCUCACUUCCAAUGUUCCCAAUCUUUUGGUAGUUAUUAUCGUGGUUUUCCAACCACCAAUUACAGCCAUCAGAAUUGCUCUCGAGAUCUCCGGGAAGCGGUAAUCUUCCGCAAGUUACCAUGGAAAUACAAUCACGUGAUUGUAGAAUGAUCACUACGUGGACUAUUUGAAUUAUGAGAAGGCUUGGUGCUGAUCUCUAAAUAUGGGGAUGUAGCCAUUGACAUUGUUUCUGAUCUUUCAACCGGCUGGUCUUUGUGCUGGCAUUUUUUAUAGAGAUCAUUGAAGGCCCCACAAAAGAAAAUGGUGAGAGUAGAUGAGGAUUGUUAGGAAUGUAUUUGGAUAGAAAUAUGAAAAUUGUCAUGAGGAUUGUGAGGAAUGUAUUAGGAUAGAACUAUUAAAAUUGUCAUGGGGAUUGUGAGGAAUGUGUUAGGAUAGAAAUAUGAAAAUUGUCAUGGGUAUUGUGAGGAAUGUAUUAGGAUAGAAAUAUGAAAAUUGUCAUGGGGAUUGUGAGGAAUGUAUUAGGAUAGAAAUAUGAAAAUUGUCAUGAGGAUUGUGAGGAAUGUAUUAGGAUAGAAAUAUGAAAAUUGUCAUGAGGAUUGUGAGGAAUGUAUUAGGAUAGAAAUAUGAAGGUUGUCAUGGGGAUUGUGAGGAAUGUAUUAGGAUAGAAAUAUGAAGGAUUUCAUGAGGAUUGUGAGGAAUGUAUUAGGAUAGAAAUAUGAAGGUUGUCAUGGGGAUUGUGAGGAAUGUAUUAGGAUAGAAAUAUGAAGGUUGUCAUGAGGAUUGUGAGGAAUGUAUUAGGAUAGAAAUAUGAAAAUAGAAGAGAAUAAAUAGAAAAUUAUCAGGACCACUUAAUGCAUUCUUAGGGAUUAUCAAAUAUGAUUCUAUACGAGUCUUUAAAAUAUAAAUUUUCAGUUUACCUUUGAGCACUCCAGUAAUGAAAUGAAAAUAGAUUCAUUUACAGAAAUUUUUGUUUUGACAUUCACGCGAUGGCUGUUUUCUACAUCAUUCACCAUCAAACCAGCACGAACAAAUAACUUGUGACGAAGUUUGUAAUAUCCUUGUUCAGUAAUCUCUUCAUAAUAAAGACUUCUCUCUAUUUCCUGCCAACUUGCUUGAUGUUCAACAGACAACGAAGGAUACACUGAAAUAAUAAAUAAAAUUUUUAUCACUUGGAA